AUGACAGCUACUUCGGCCUUACUGAAGCAGACCAUCACCCCUGCACUGCUCGAGGGAGUCCGAAACUUCUGGUUUGAUCACAUUAAUGGAGAAGAUGCAUUGAUUCUCCCUAGUCAAAAAGAGAUGAAGCGUUGGUUCAUGCGGGACACUAAUUUCGACCAAGCUUGCGUGGCACAAUUUCAGCCUGCAUUAGAGGUGAUUAUCACUUCUCAAGCAUCGGCCACUGAUAUGAUCGAUGUGAUUGAUCAGUCCUCGCCAAUAGAAUGGCUCAGUCUUCUCCUUUUGUUAGAUCAAGUGCCGCGCAAUUGUUUCCGCGGAGACGAGGCGAAGAAAGUCUUUGAACGCUUUGACCCGCUAGCUGUCAAAGUCGCUAUACGUGCUAUUGGGGCUGGGGUGCCGAUCCAGUCAUCGGAGGUGCGCUACCGGCUUUCGUAUAGGCUUUGGUUUCAUCUGCCUCUAAUGCACUCGGAGAAUCUCGCCGUGCACGAGAAAGCGAUUGAGACGCACGAGGGGAUAGCCAGAGAUCUUGGGGAACUUCUUCAGAAAGAGGUUGAAACUAUGAGCGAUGAUGAAAAGGCUUGUUAUGAUGUUCUCUCGGUUCAACAUGAUGCUACAAAGGCGUGGUUGAGCAGCACUUUCGACUUUGAGAAGAGACAUAAAGCUAUUAUUGAGCAAUUUGGGCGAUACCCGCAUCGCAAUGAAGUAUUAGGUAGGGUUUCAACUGAAGAGGAAAUUGAGUACUUAAAUAAUGGAGGGGAAACAUUCAGUUAG